AUGCGGCUGCUGAAGCAAUGGCUGUUUCCCCUGUUCGUCUGCUUGGCGAACGGCCAAUCUUUUGAUCCCAAUAAUGUGAAAUCGCCAAAUCAAUUCGAUCCGGCACAUGUUGGCACCAAUAAAUCAUCGGGUACGACGUACUCAAAUCCUAUCAUGACGACCAAUGCUGGAGACCCGUUCAUGGUACAUCAUGAUGGCUGGUAUCUGUUCACAUAUUCAACAAACGACAACAUCACUCUCAAGCGCUCUCGCUCCUUGACUGACAACUGGGACACGGCGGAAACGAAACUUCUAUUCAAGCCUGAUCCUGAAAGUGGCGAUCCAUGGAGCACCGACCUUUGGGCUCCAGAGAUUCAUCAGAUUGAUGACCACUGGUACAUUAUUUUCAGCGCGACUCCGGAUGCAGACUCACCUCAUCCACUUCAAGACGCCAUGUGUCCAUUCGAAUGUCCCGCUGUCAACCACCGAAUGUUUAUCUUAGAAAGUGACGGAUCAGACCCGUGGGCCUCCAAAUAUUCCAUGAAAGGAAUGCUGAAUACCUUUGACCAAUUCGCUAUCGAUGGAACCUACUUCCGAUACGAUAAGCAGCUUUACCACAUCUACAGCUGCUGGGAAGAUACUUACAGUGCCUGGCCUGCGAACCUGUGCAUUACUCACUUGAGCAGCCCUUGGAACGUCUCCUCAAGCCUCACACAAAGACGCAUGAUUUCAGUCCCCGAUGAGCCCUGGGAACAAGUCCCCUACGGACGAGCUGGCCGACUUGCAACCAAUGAAGGCCCCCAGCAACUCACAAACCCAAAGACUGGACAGAACUUCGUCGUCUAUUCAGCCGCUCGAGUCAAUACUCCAUUCUACUGUCUUGGCAUGUUGGAGCUAGUGGGUGAUGACCCUAUGGAAUAUCAAAAUUGGAAAAAGCAUCGCGAUGGCUGUGUCUUCCAUCAGAACCCUGAUGCCGAAGUAUAUGGUACAGGUCACGCAAGCUACACAACUAGCCCGGAUGGCACUGAGAGCUAUGUGGUCUACCAUGCACAGACAACGGAUGAUCCUACACCUGAUCUCUACCGUACCGUGCGCACGCAGAAGUUCACUUGGAAUGAGGAUGGAACGCCGAAUUUCCCGAAAGCUCUGAAUGGACCUUUCCCGGUACCCAAGGGCCAGAAGUAA